AUGGUAGAGUCAACGACGAAUUCGACCUGUUUCUUCGGGGGACAACCAGUAACUAUUCAGGAUGCAAAUUCUUGGAAUGAUAUCGGAUGUCCACAAGGGUUUUACUGUCCAAAUAAUAAUGCUACAUUUCUUCCAGAAUACUGUCCUCCAAAUGUUGCUUGUCAAGCAGCGAGGUUAGCAGGAGGAUCAUGCAGACCAACCAUGGGAAAUUUCGAACCUUCAGUCUGUGAGGCUGGAUAUUAUUGUCCCCCGGGAGGAAAAGAGCAAAUCAAAUGCCCCAGGGGAUCUUAUUGUCGCCAAGCAUCAUACGAAGCAACGAAAUGUGCAAUUGCGUCGAGGUGUCCGGAAGGAAGUAUCAGAGACAUGGACAUUGUUCCACUGGCUAUCUUAAUAGUCGUGGAUCUGGUUAUAGUGCUUGGGGCACUCGGCAUAAGUUUGAAGCGGAAGCUCAGUAAUAGAGUUCAGAACCACUCGAAGGAGAAGCGAUCGAAUCGGAAAACGUUCACGAAACCAGGGAUGUUUCGAGGAAGAGAGUAUUCUCAAGUCCACAACGAACAACUGCAGGUAGCCCGAGAACAAAGUGAUACUGCCAUGGAAGAAAGGAUUAUGAAUCUCCAACGGAAAGCCACAGGAUUCGAGGAGUUGGGUAAUAUGAACGAGGAAUUUGUAUAUGACGGUCAUGAUGGAGGGGAUGAGCAACUUAUAAACACCGAUUUGCAGUUAUUUGUACAAUCUUUGUCGAAAUGCUUCGGAGGCACUCAAUUUGGAUUGACAUUCGAUUUUGAGGACUUGAAAUUUCUACCACCGAAGGCAAAUAAACCUAUUCUGUCACAAGUCUCAGGUUCGAUUGAUGCUGGAAGCUUAUGGGGAGUAAUGGGUGCUUCGGGAGCGGGAAAAUCUACUUUCGUGAACGUCCUUAUGGGCAAAACGAGAAAUACCGGUGGAGUUACUAAAGUUAAUGGCAUUGCUGGUGACAUCUCAAAGUAUAAGAAAAUCAUCGGAUACGUGCCCCAAGACGAUAUCGUUCUACCGGAGCUCACCGUUCGGGAAAACAUCCUUCAUUCUGCUCGAAUCAGGUUACCAUGCACAUGGAAGGAGAGCGAAAUUCAGCACCAUGUUGAUGUUCUACUUGCUUGUCUUCAGCUUUCCCACGUAAAAGAUUCUUUGGUGGGUAGUACUGCUGCCCCGGUAAUUUCAGGAGGUCAAAGAAAAAGAGUCAGCAUUGGUAUGGAGCUAGCAGCUGCACCUAUGGCUCUCUUCCUUGACGAACCUACUUCAGGUUUAGAUGCAACAGCCGCCAAUUCCAUCAUGAAAACACUCAAAGCUCUCUCACGCCUCGGUAUGACAAUUGUAACCAUCAUCCAUCAACCCCGUCAAGAAAUUUUCGAGUCUCUAGAUAGUCUUGUACUCCUCGGUACAGGACGGAUGAUCUACUUGGGCCCUCAAGUAGGUGUCAAGCCUCACUUUGAGCGUCUCGGUUACAAAUUCCCCGAACAUGGCAAUCCCUCCGAUGUUAUGGGCGAUAUCAUUGCUGGUGAAGGGCGUCUCUACAAACGUACUGGAGAUGCCAGUAUUACAUCUCUUAUUGAACACUGGCAAAACAGACCCGAUGAUCCGUUCGAGGACGUAAAAGAUUCUGGUGUCUCAAUGGUCGAAUCCAACGCUCUUGCUGAAACUAUCAAAACCCGCGGUACAUAUUGGUAUCGACAAAUCUGGUUCUGUUUUCAACGUUCUCUGCUUCAACAAUAUCGCGUCAAAGAUUCCUUUUUCUUCGAACUUGGUGUCGGCGCCGGUGCUGGUUUCUUGAUAGGUUUAGCCGAACUCAACCAGAAGGGUGCCAAUUUCCGCGGUAUAUUCAACGAACCUUAUGAGAUGCUCUCUUCGUCAAUUGAUUACAACUCCGUGCCCCAAAUGGCACUUCUCGUCGGUCUCGCAAUUGGUCUCACUGCUUCCGCACCAGGAGUCAAAAUCUUCGGUGAAGAAAAAUUGGUAUACUGGAGAGAAGCUGCGGCGGGACAUAAUCGCUUCGCGUACUAUAUCGGAAAAGUCCUCUCCACCAUCCCGCGUAUGAUCCUCGCCAAUCUCCAUUUCACGGUUCUUUUCGCAUUAAUGACUACCCCACGAAUCAGCUGGAUGAAUAUGUUCACCGCCAACCUUCUCUAUUUCUGGUGUAUAUACGGUCUCGCAUCCUGCGUUAGCAUGGUUACCCGUCGUGAAGACGGACCACUGCUCGCAGUUAUGUCUUCUCUCAUCGUUGGUGUUCUUAACGGUAUGUCGCCCAGUUUGGAGAAAGUUAGGGGUUGGCAUAUGGUGUGGCUCUGGAGAGCAACUCCGGGCACGUGGUUGGCGGAGGCAUAUAUAACGCAGAAUAUUACGCCGCUAGAAUAUUUGUAUAAUAUUGAGAGCGCGAAGGAUGCGAUGGGAUAUGAAUUAGGGCAUUUUACGCAAGAUUUGUUGAUGUUAUUGGCUCUGGGUGCGGCUUAUAGGGUUAUAGCGUUUCUGGGGUUGAGGUUUACGAACAGGCAUAAGCAGAGAUAG